CGCUGGAGCAUUCUGACAACACUGAAAAUGGCAGAUGCUAAAGACAGCCGCAGCAUGUGCCUCUUUCGAAGGAAGCACUUUGCUAGAAGUGGAGCUGGAAGUCAUCUUCACAGGUGGGAUGUUGCAAUCCCAGGGGGAGGCUGUCGUGGGCCCCAGUUCUCUGAUUUGGUGCCAACAAGAUGGUGCAAAAAGCCAUGGAAAUAAAUGGAGGCUGUGCAGAAGGCCAUGGAAAUGCAUGAAGUGCCUGGCUAUCCAUCUGCUCCGGAAACAAUCCGCAGGCAGCGCACUGCAGAAAGAUGAGAGCUGCAGAGCAAUGGACGCUCGUUCGUGGCCCAGUUAUCCUUCUCUUUUGCACUGGAGGGGACGCUUUCCCUGCAGUUCACCCCCUGAGCCGCACUGUGCCGCUGUUGGCCAGUACAGUGGCAGCCGAGAGAAGCGUGGCCCAGCGAUGCUUCUUCCGCUACCGCAGCUCCAGUCGAAGGUGCGGAUCAGGGAAAGAGAAGAGCACAGAGGCAGCCCUCGUUGCGUGAAAAGGGAGGCUGCCCCAGUUUGGGGAGACUAAGAAGAAAGCCAAGUGAUUCCUGCAUCCUGAAAGUGCCUUCAUCUUGCUGAGAGUCUGAUUUCACCAUAACCAGCUUAAAAAAGGAGGCAGCCUAUUUCUGAGGGAGUCAGAUGGAGAGGAGGCACAGAAACAAGGGCAGGGCACUGGCCGGGCAGGUACGGCUGCUGCUGCUGCUGCUGCUGCCGCUGUUCUCCUGCUGGGCUGCCUCGGAGCAGGUCCGCUAUUCCAUCCCGGAGGAAAUGGAGAAGGGCUCCGUGGUGGGCAGCCUGGCCAAGGACCUGGGGCUGAAUGCCAGGGAGCUGCCAAAGCGCAACCUGCAUGCCAUCACUGUGGCUAAAACACAGUACCUGACGAUCAGUGCUGAGAAUGGAAACCUCUACAUAAAUGACAGGAUAGAUCGAGAGGGAAUAUGUGGCAAAAAUCCGCUUUGCUUUGUAAAUUUAGAAGCUGUGGCAGAAAACCCUCUGAAUGUUUUCCAUGUCAGAGUGGCAAUCCAGGACAUCAAUGAUAAUGCACCCCAAUUCGUCAAUGGCAACAUCAAUUUGGAGAUCAUUGAAUCCACUUCACCAGGCACCCGAUUUCUCCUGGGGAAAGCUGAGGAUCCAGAUAUUGGGGCGAAUUCUCUCCAGGACUACCAGCUGAGUCCCAAUCAGUACUUCACUCUGGAAGUGCGAGAGAGAAAAGAUGGCAGCAAAUAUGCAGAAUUGGUGCUGCAGAAGCCGCUGGACCGGGAAGAGGAACAGACCCUGCACUUGAUCCUCACUGCCCUCGAUGGGGGUGAGCCGAGGAAAACCGGGACUGCCCAGAUCCGUAUCAACAUCACCGACGCCAAUGACAACCCACCCGUCUUCAGCCAGGAUGUCUACAGGGUCAGUCUGAAGGAAAAUGCGCCUGUUGGGUCCCAGGUGCUCCAGAUUGUGGCCUCUGAUAAGGAUGAAGGUUCUUAUGGCCAAAUCCGGUAUCACUUCAGCAACAUCCCAGCAGAUGCCAAAAAGAAAUUCAGGCUUGAUCCAGUCAGUGGUACUAUCACCCUUAUGGAGCCAUUGGACUUUGAGGAAACGGAAGAAUACAUGCUGACCAUAGCAGCAAAAGAUGGAGGUGGAUCAGUGACACAUUGUGAUAUUGAUAUUAAAGUUUCUGAUGAGAAUGACAACCCUCCAGAGGUGAUGUUUGCUUCUGUAUUUAGCCCAGUUGUCGAAGAUUCCCCACUUGGGACCUUGAUUGCCCUGAUCAAUGUAAAUGACAAAGACACUGGGGACAAUGGAAAGGUUACCUGCCAAAUACAAGGAGAUCCACCCUUCAAGAUCCUUCCCACAUCUAGCAAUUACUACAAGCUGCUGUCAGACGGUCCCCUGGACAGAGAACGGACUCCAGAGUACAAUAUUACAGUCACAGCCUCAGACGCAGGGACCCCCCCUCUCUCCACGCACAAAAGCAUCUUGCUACAGGUGUCCGAUGUCAACGACAAUGCCCCGGCCUUUGAGAGACCUUCCUACAGCAUCUACGUGCUGGAGAACAACCCUUCAGGCACCUCCCUGUUCAGAGUCUCCGCCUCGGACCCGGACGUGGGCCAGAACGCGAGGAUCACGUACUCCAUCCUCACC